UUAGCAGUAGGUUUAUAUCCCGCAUCUUCAUCACACGCAACUAAAGCACGGAAGGCAUUUUUGAUUGGUUGAGCUAUCCCAGUUCUUUGAAGCAAGUGGGGAAUGCUGUUCUUUACCUACAAAGCUGGUAGUAGACAUUAUUGAUCCUCUAUAGAAGACCAAAGCAUGUGGUAAUGACACAAGUGGUUGAGCUCUCUCAUUCUCAUUUUUUAUAUGCAAGCUGGGUGCCCUCCCAUUUAAACUUUUCUUAACCACUCAUUCCACCUCCUAAAGGAUCAGAUCUAUAUAAACGCAUAUCAGUUGUUACUCACCCCACUCAACUCAAGGGCUUCCUUAAACCACAGUUUCUGCACUCACAAGUCUCUCUAGCUUAUUAGCUUCUUUUUUUAACACUUCCAGAAACAUUUGAACAUGGCUAUCAGUAUGGGGCACGUUCUCCGUCCUAAGCUAGGACUCAGGAGGUCUUCUUCAAGAACAAACAGAGAAAGUGAGAUUCCCAAGGGACACCUUGCAGUUUAUGUAGGUGACAACAAGAAGCGCUUUGUCAUUCCGAUAUCAUACUUGAAAGACCAUUCAUUCCAAGACUUGCUAAGUCAAGCUGAAGAAGAAUUUGGAUUUGAUCAUCCAAUGGGUGGACUCACAAUACCUUGUGUGGAAGAGACCUUCCUUGACAUAAUCUCUAGUAUGAGGAUAUGAGCAGAUCUUGAUAGACUGCAGUGCAUAGAUUAUUCUGUAUAGUCAGUAGAUGACUUUUUAUAUUAUUGUUUGCAAAGAAAGGUACUCUUGUACAUUGUUCUUUGUUAUCCUGAUCAGAUUGGAACUAUAACUUUAUAUAAAUGCUUGUUUUUUAU